CUGGGCGUCACGUUGUCAAGUGGAUUUAUCAGCUGAAGAUCAACGUGGUUGACACACGACUGGUGACAUCUAUAUCAUCAAAGAUGCCGACCGAACAAGAUCUAUACAAUGUCAUUGACAGCAACGAACCAUGGAAGGGAAGAAUGCUAUUUACAGGUCCAGAUGCUACUAAAGAUCACUUGAUGACUGUCAAUCAGGAGCACAGACAGGUCGGUAUAGGGACCAUGUCCAGAGAAGGCACCAGUGAGACUGAUUACCUGUGGAGACCUGCAACUGGAACACCUUUCCACAGGCCCAGGACCAGUAAAGUUGGGGAAGUUGGCUGGGGAAUACCUAAUAGCACCGACUGGAAAGUGUCUCGAACAGGAAAACAGAUUAUGCUCGGAGAAUUCCGCCAAGCCUGUGAAGACCGACACUCGCAUCUGUACCAAAACGCAUGGUUCCCAGGGCCAAGAGAUGAGGUUCCUGAAUCAACCGAUGCUGCUUUAAUCAUGAACGUCUAUAGACCAAAAACAACAGAACAGCAUCACACAGAGCCAGAGACAUCAGAUACUAACACCAGUACUCAAUGAUCAGUUGUGGAAAUAGAAGGUAUACGACGUCCAUGAAGAGAAACGUUCAGUGCAAUAGUUCACGAGAUCUUCAAAGCCGCACCAGUAUUAUAUAAAAACCCAAUGCCUCAGUUCUUGCACCAAUGCUUCAUAUUGUAGUUUGUUGUACUUUGUACUACUUAAGUAUCUAAGAUACAUGUAGAUUUCAAGCCAUAGUCUUUCAGUUCGCCAGUAUUUCACUUGUUUUUGUAGCUUAACUUUAUUGUUUAAUAUAUGUGUUAAAUAAAUUAUAAAGAUGACUGACAAGGGAGAAAGAACAGUUCGGAUUUAAAACCAAUGCAAAUAAAAUCAAAAACUAGAACAUUUGUUUUUUCAAGGACACGUGCCAGUGCAGUAUUACUCGUUCUAUGUUACCAUCCUACACAGAGAAAUGAUUCCUGGGUCCACAUAUAAUUCGUUCAUCCUUAAAACAAAAUAACUGAUUUAUGAGCUACAGACUGCCAGAAACAAUCCAGUUGAUCAUAUUGAAAUUCGGUAUUAUAGACACAACCCUGUUAGAGCUGUUAUCCUUAUACUUCCAAUCUAAAUAUUUUGUUGGCUUGCUUGCUUGUUUUGUUUGUAUAAAUGUUUUCUCAGGAUAACAGCUUUAAAAGAAAUGUCUUUAAUAAGUUUAAUACCAAAACAGUAUUUCAAAGAAAAAUGACGUCUCUUCCGGUAGCAAAAUGUUAAUACUGUAUUGCCAUUCAAGUUUGUCAGCUAUUAACCAUGUUUUAUAAAUUAAGAAAGUGAAACAUCGAAUGUCCGAAUGCAGAUCGUUGCUUGAUUUUUUUUAAACAUACAUUCGUUAUCUGUAAUUUUACAAGACAUACCUUUAUUAAUACAUGUUAGUAUUUUGUAAAAAAAAAUGUGUUUUGAUGCUAAUUUCUUACUGCAAACAGUAUUUCUACUCUUUCAACAAACAGAUCUUACACGUAGCCACAAUGCUAACCGACUUGAUUCUAGUAGUUUUUUGUAAAUUGCUUUUAAAGAUAAUCAGAUCUGUUUUGUUGAUGUCAAAAAGUGUUAUAUAACUCUAAAUGCUCAAUUGUUAAUACUUUUGUUCAUAUUAUUGGUACUAGGUUUUUAGCAGUUGUUAUCGUGAGUGAUUAUAUACAGUAUUAUUUUGAACACUAUAUAAAAAGAAAAAAACAAA